CAGUAACAGAAUGGCAUACUUACUAAUUUGGAUCCUCGCGAUUCUCGCAAGUUGGGCAUCUCUCGGCUCUACCCAGGAACUCAAAUGUACCUCCCCGUCAAACUUCUACAUCUCUAGAGUUACGCACAACUGGAUCGGUGCCGCCGAGUACUGCCACCUGCUUGGAAUGCGAAUGGCCGUAAUCGAUACGGAGGCCAAGCAGCGCGAAAUCGUCCGGCUGGCGGAGCACUCGCUGGUGUUCAACGCGACCAAAACGGAUCUGUGGAUCGGGGCGAGCGAUCUGUCCCAGGAGGGUACCUUUGUGUGGCUUGAAACCGGCAUAGAAGUGAGUACGACCUAUAGCAACUGGGCUUACGGCCAGCCCGAUAAUAUUAGGAACAACGAGCACUGUCUUCAUGUGUGGUACGAACCCGCACUGGAACGACUGGGAGUGCGACCGGAGGUUGGUAGUGGUUUGCGAGAACAUCGCCUGAGAUUUGGCUAUUAGAAUAAAUUGACUAUUUCAUAAGAAUGGUAUCAAUUAGAAAUUGAAGAAAGAUCCAAUGUACUGCACACGACACACGAAAAAUAAUGCUAUUUACUAGAGUAAUCGAAGUUUGAUCAAUGCCAGAAUAGGUAAAAUUUGGGUCCUAA